GGACUUCUCAAUUGGAUAUUUAAUUACUUUGUUACCUUCUGUUUGAAUUGAAGGUCGGGUAAUCGUGUCAUUUCUAGAGUAAGUUCUUAAGGGAUUCAUAGACAUUUUUAUUUUAAUGAACACAACAGCAUUAACUUGUUGACUUUCAGUUUGUGAAAUAUCAAGCAAACAUGCAUAUAUUUCUUAUUACUCUUGGAGUGAGCACAACUUGUGAAAAUACUUUGUCCUAGAAUGAAAAUAAUACGUUAAAAGUCACAUUAAAAUGAUCUACACCAUCGUAUGUUAUCAGUGCUUUUAGAUAUCUAACAAGACUUCUGGGUAUUUUGCGACUCGUCCUACGCUAUCACAGUACCUUAAAAUUAGCGAUUGUUGUGUUAAACAAUGAGUCACAUACAAUGUAUUAUUCUGGCAUCUUUGCGCUGCUAACCUCCAUCAUCAAAGUGAUUUUUGGUGUCAACUGGCGGAAAACUGGUGCUUGUUUGUUGUGGUUUGUUUAAUAUGAUGCUGAUUUUCACCGGUCUGAAGUGCUUUAGCUUUGACUGUGCGCUUUAUAGAUAGUAUCAACAAACCAAAUAUUACACAUUUGUCUUUGAGUUAUGACUUUUGAGUGAAAGUUAAUAUUACCUGGCUGCUAUAAUCUAAUUACCUGAACCAGAUAUCCAUUCAAAAAGGUAACAAAAACACAAUAGUAGGUGUCGUUGUAUAAAAUGUGGGUGUAUGACUGAGGUUUUUUGGUAGAUGACACCCUAUUGGUCACUAAAAGCCCCAUCACGGUUCAUAAUAAAAGCCAGUAGGUGUACAUCUAGUAUUUUAUUGGCAACAUUGAAUCGAUCUUCCUAAACCAAUGUUUAUAAUAUUCUUCUCCCUCCUAUUUUUUGACUGUGUUCGUGGGGAAGUAGUAUGGGCCGUUAAUUGUGGUGGCCCUAAACACAUCGAUUCACAUGGAGUCGAAUAUAAAGCUGAUUUCUUAGACAUGGGUACUGCAUCGGACUACGGCCGCUCGUUCGCAAUAAACCGUGUCCCCUCAGCAGAUCAUAUAAUCUAUCAAACUGAACGGUAUCACAACGAAGACUUUUCUUAUCCUAUUCCGAUAACAUCUGAUGGAGAAUACAUUCUUACGUUAAAAUUUUCUGAGGUUUGGUUUACUGAGCGUUAUCAAAAAGUAUUCGAUGUUCAUAUUCAAAAUUCACUCCCACUUGUUCAAAACUUGGAUAUUUUCGGUCAAGUUGGCUUUGCUACUGCGUUCGAUUUAAAUGUGCCACUUAAAAUAAAAGAUGGAGUAAUAUAUAUUGGUGAACAUACAGUCAAUAUCGAUGACGAUCAUUUUACUGUGGACUUUAUUAAAACUCAAUUUGAUAAUCCGAAAAUCAAUGCUAUUGUUGUUACUAAAGGCUCAAUAGAAGAUGUCCCUCAAUUACCACCGUUAGAAGAAGUAGAAACAUUUGAUCAACAGGUGUUACAUCCCCAUAAGUUAUCUGAUUCUGAUGAUGAAGAAGAAGAAGACCUGGAAUCUGUGCAACAGAGACCAUCUAGAACACCAAGAGCAAAAGAUCCUUAUGCUUCUGUGGACUAUUCCUAUUUAAUCUUACCUAUUAUAGUAUCGGUUGGAGCAUUUCUACCAAUUCUCUUUUGUUUAUGUAAACUUUAAAGAAAAAUACAAUAGGUAGUUUCUGUUAGUAUUAUUGGUGAUGUCUUUAUUAUUGUUGUUUUGUUUUUGUGUAAUUUCUAUAGGUUAUUCACAUCUUUUGUAAGGUAUAUGCACUUGCUUUAUUUUGUCUUUCUCGAAGCUAAAAUGUUUAUUCUAUGAACUGUACAUUGUUUGACAAAAUUCACAUAUCAUUAAUGUUACUGUAUAAUAGUAUACUUAUUCUUAAGUGUUUUUUAAAUAUGUGAUUCUUCAGAUAGGUUUACUGCUUAUUUCUGUUGUAUUUUGUUUGCUGUUUUAGUCAUUAGAGUUAAUAAAGAGGGUUGUAAGUAAUUAAUGGAUAUAUGAGGUUAUGUAGUAAGUGAAAUCAUUCUACAAGGAUUCACUUCCACAAUAAAAAAAGUCAUAUUAACAAUAACUGUAAACAUAAUCUAAUACUUCUGUAUUGUUGGUUGUAUUAUAUGAGUGAUUUAUUUCAACUUGUAAUAAAUUGUCAUUGAAACUGUUAUUAUCUUUUCAGUAUCCAUUGAAAUAAUUCAACUGGCAUUAUACUCCUAGUAUGCAUCUCCAGGGUAUUAUAUUUCAGGAUUUUGAAGAUGUUUGCUAUUGAGAUUAUUAGUGACCUUGUUCAUUAUUCAUUCUUUGUAGGAUAUGUACGGAUGACUUAAAAAAGAUUUUUAUUAUCAGUAAAUAUUCUCAAACAGAUGAGUUAUUUUUUAAUUGAUUUAUAGAUUUCCUGAGGUUGUAAAUACUAUUUGACAGCUUAAUUCUGUAGGUCAGUGAAACCCAAUGGAAAUUAUAAAGUAUUACAUAUUUCGUUUUCAAAAGUAGCCUUACACUAAACGACAUCUUUGGGUAAACAAAAAUAAAAUAGUG